CAGUCGCGCUCGGUAGGCAACCCGUCAACAGUGUCAUGGCUCCCAGUGAAUUGACUUUGGAACAAAUCCAUCGAUUUUUCCUCGAUAACAACGGUGUUUGCAAAAACCGCGACGUUGUGAGUGCCUUCAAACCCUACCUGACCGAUCCACAUACAAAAGAGGAUGCUCGCAACCGUUUCCGCCAGUACAUCAACAUGCUGGCCCACACGAAAAAGGGCGAGAACGACGAAAAAUACCUCGUCCUCAAGUCCAAGUAUGCCAAUUCACUGGACGUCAGCAGUCCCCCAUCCCCCGUAACUCCGUCACAUCGUGAUCCCCGUAACAGUAUCGGUUUGCCACCCUCGCCCUACGAUUUCGGCAGUCCCGUUCGGGGAUCCCCACGUCAACCGCCCCCUUAUAGACCUCCGCCUCCGGUGACUCCUUCGCCUAGUCAUUCGGUGGAUAAUAUUUCUAUUACGGGCUCCUUGGAUGGCACUCCGUUGGCGCCCCCAAGAAGGAGAAGUGUAGACAAAAUUAAGAUUGAAAGAACGAAAUCAAUGGAGGACAGGGACGGAAACGUGGAAAAUAGCGUUACAGAUGAUCCCGUGACGCCGAAACGCGGAAUCGGGGUGUUGGCGGAACGCGACACGAACGUGGAGGAAAAGGAGAACAUGAGCGUUAGGGAGAAAACGCAAAAGUUUAACCGGCUGGCUUCCUGCGAGGACGAACUGAGCAGUCCCAAAACUCCGAAAUCGGCGGAGAAAAAGAAAAAGGGGGUCGACGAGGAUGACAGCGCCUCCAUACCGAUGGAACCAAAGAAAUUGGUGGAAUGGUUCGUCACAGCAUCCAAAGGAGAAUAUCACGAGUUAGUAAAACUGGCAGCAGCUGAUCGUCGACUGGUGAAAAAGAAGGAUCCAUUCACGGUACGUUGAAGCGCGAACACCGCCAUCCAGAAUACCAUCAAUCAUAGACGUAUAAAUAUAAUGACAAGAACAU